ACAAGUUUGAUGUGUAUGACAAAUGACGAUGUACAAAUUGUUUAGGUUAUGUAAUAGAAAUUUGAAAAUAAUAAUCAAAAGAUGUUUAAAUUGUGUAAUUACUGCAAGCUAUACAAAAACUACAGGAUUCCUUGGAUACCUCUACGGUCAUCGUCUAUGAAUUAUAAUACUCAAACCUUACGAAGAAUUGCAAAUAUUUGCAAUAAAAAACCAUUGAAGGCAGUGAUAGCGCUGAACGUCUUGACUUGGUUAGGUUUUGUCGAUACUGACAAGGAUGAGGAAUCCGAGUUAAUAAUGACAAUAAAACGCGCAAUAUUAGCGACACGAAGGGAACAGUAUGACAUAGCAGAACAGCUACUGCACGUUGCGUUACGGUUAGCUCAACAACAGCAGAACGAAAAUGGAAUAACCUACUGCUACGAUUUAAUGGCUAACCUCGCAUUCGAUCAGUAUGACCUGAGCAAAGCGGAGAAGUUAUUUAUAAGCGUGCUGCAGCGACUUUUAAGUACGGGAAUGGAACAGAACGAUUUGAAAGUUAUCCACAUCAGCUUGAAGCUCGCACGAAUUUGCCAUCUAAAAGCUGAGAAUGAGAAGGCAGAUAUAGGUUACAAUUGGUGCCUGGAGAAAAUUGUUGAGAAACAGAACGGCGGUGCCGAUGCACAAAUGCUUCAUGGAGUCAUUCACGAUUGGUACGCGCAAUUUUUAAUGGAUACCGGCGACAUGCCAAACUCGAUCAAGCAUUUAAAGGAAGCGUAUAGGAUUUGCGUGCAAGAAACCGGACACGAGAAUGAACAAAGCAUGUUGUUAUUGAAUGAUAUCGGUAUUAGUAAUUGGCGUACUGACAAUUUGGCGGAUGCGGAGGAGUGUUUAAGUAAAGCAGCUUCGAUUGGUAAUAAUCUAGGAGAUAAAUCGCACGUCGGUGUUAUAAACGCAAACUUGGGACUUGUAUACUUACAACGGGGAUUAGUAGAGCAAGCUGCAAAGUAUUGUAAUAUUGGACUAGAGCUAGGUAAUCGACAUGAAAAUGCAGAAUCAAUAUCGCAGGCGAAUUACUGUCUUGAACAAAUUAAACUGAAUAUAGGAAAAUAAUGUUUCAUUGUUGCUAUGUUAUAAAUUAUAAUAAUAUAUAUUUUUGUUAAUCAUAACAUU